AUGUCAGGAUUCAUAUUGGGUACCGGAUCAGGUAUAUUAGCUUCUGCAGCUGUGUAUUAUACACUUUCUACUUCUUUAAGGGAAUCUACAGCCGGAUUAAGGUCUGAACUUGAUAAUUCAUCUACAUUACUUUCGAGUUCCUUUGAUCCUGUCAAACCACCAGCACCUUCAUCUUUGAUUGGACCUUCAGCUUCAAACGCAUACGAUCAGUCUUUUGGUGAAUUAGUCAAACAAAAAUGGAAUGAAACUUUUACUUCCAUGGUUCAUGGUGUACGUUCAACAGAUUGGACUUUAGUCAGUAAAAAUAUAUAUGAAAGUGGUCAAGGUGUCAUUCAAAGAAUAUCCGAAUCAACUUCAUCUCCAAUCACGACUUCCCCAUCGUCAUCAACAUCAUCGCCAACAUCAUCGUCAUCGUCAACAUCAACAUCAACAUCAUCUCCAUUGAUCCCUUCAUUUUCGGGAUCACCAAUCACCAGUUCACCCGUACAUGAACCGGUCAGGGCUCACGAAGAGAUAGGUGUCGUCCCUGGAACAACAGGUGUUCUGGAUACUGUUGAUAAAUUACCUGAAACGAAAAUCAACACAGGUAAAACUUUAGGUGUAGAUUUGAGAAAAGAUACUUAUGGUUUAGUAGGUGGUAAUGAACUGAAAGUUGAACUGAAAAGGAAUGCAGAGAAAGAAGGAAGGAGAUUAGUCUAG